UGAUCUUCCACUGCAUCUAUCUCAACUACUCAACUACUCGACAAGAUGAUGAAACUUAUCGUUACCGUUGCCUGUUUGAUGGCUGUAGCUAAUGCCGGUAUGUAUGGUGGACUAGGCAUGGGCAUGUACGGUAUGGGCAUGAUGAACCCCAUGAUGUACGGUAUGGGCAUGAUGAACCCAAUGAUGUACGGUCUGGGGAUGGGUAUGAUGAACCCAAUGAUGUACGGUAUGGGCAUGGGCAUGAUGAACCCAAUGAUGUAUGGAGGCAUGUAUGGUGGCCUAGGAUUAAUGGGCGGCAUGGGUGGCAUGGGAAUGUCUCCAUACGGUAUGGGAUUUGGGGGAGCUGGAUUCCCAGCUGUCGGAGGAGCUGACCCUAACCAAGGUACCAACACAGGAUCAUUCCAGCAGUUUUAAAAUGAAGUAGAAUUCGCUAAAUUCCAUUUGCAAGAAUUGGUUGUUAAAUACAAUACAUUGAUAUAUAAUGGUUAUUGACUAGAUUAAAAUACUUUCAAAAUA